AUGAAUUCGAAAUUACUUUUAAUUUCUAUGAUUAUAUGUUUCAUAUGUAUCUCACAAUCGUUAGCUGGGGGAAAUGAUCCACAGGUGGAUGAGUUAUCCAACUUUUUUUAUUCAUUCAUGACCACAAGCACCGACCACACAGAGGUGAUAUGCGAUGUGUUCAACUUUGGGAAUUUUCACUAUUUACACAGAGAAAUAAAUGUUACCAAUAAUAAUUUUUCUAUUUGAUUAUAUUAUUGAUUGGCAAUGAUAUCUGUUGACAUGUUGGCCUUUGUCGAUGCCUGGGGUUUUGGCAUCUUGUUAUUUGAUUGAAAUGGGAGCUGGAGCAUUUCAUCUCGUUUCGGACUUAUUAUCUGUAUUCACCCGCAUCCUGUGAGAGCUUCUUUUCAUAAUGCCUGGUGCACUUUGUCAUAUAUACGAUUUCAGUCCAAUGUAUUUAUGUUUAUAAAUUGUGACGUUUUGAGGCAUGAAUUAGUAAAACUUGUCAAGUAUCUGUUUUUUCGAAGGCUAGGUUGUGAUCGCUUGCCAUAGUGAUGAGAAGUCUCAGACCAGGGGAAAACAGCUGUCAAGUACUCCUUGUUGAUGAUCAAGUUUUUUUGACUUAUGUCUUACUUCACCGUUCAACACGGAUACAAUUUGUACUGUGUAAUUUUUUAUCAGGUUUGAUGAAACCGUUCACUUCAAGUAUGUUAAUGUACAUAAUAAUCUAAAACAGUACAUGCUAAUGAUACCCGAUUUUAUGAAUUCAUCAAAUUUUGGCAGGAGUUUUCCGCUGAGUACUCUACAUAAAAGGCACAUAUAUAUAUGUAUAUGUAUGCAUAUAUAUUUUUUAUUCCUUAACGCUCUCAAUGGAGCGUAGAGUUUCAAGCUAG